GGGCGGGCGCGCACCAAGUCUCGGGCGUGGGCGGGUGCGGCGCCGCCUCCUCGCGGGUUCCGUUAGGUGGGGACGGGUGGCCGUUCGCCCGCAGACGUUCUCCGGGAGCCGCCGACCAUGGAUGACAAAAAGAAAAUCACAGCACCCCUUAUCUAUGCUGUUUGCAUUGCUGCCAUUGGCUCUCUUCAGUUUGGAUACAACACUGGUGUCAUCAAUGCACCUGAGAAGAUCAUCCGGACGUUCUUCAACAAAACCCUGUCAGAUAGGAGUGGGAGGGCUGUCUCCCAAGAGCUCCUCACCUCCCUGUGGUCCCUUUCUGUGGCCAUCUUCUCAGUAGGAGGUAUGAUCGGCUCCUUCUCAGUCAGCCUGUUUGUCAACAGAUUUGGCAGGAGGAACUCCAUGCUAUUGGUGAAUGUCUUGGCUUUUGCUGGUGGCCUUCUCAUGGCCUUCUCUAAGGCAGCAAAGGCAGUGGAGAUGCUGAUUAUUGGCCGGUUCAUUAUUGGCGUCUUCUGUGGUCUCUGCACCGGCUUUGUGCCCAUGUACAUCAGUGAGGUCUCACCCACCAGUGUCCGUGGAGCCUUUGGCACCCUCAACCAGCUGGGCAUUGUUGUGGGCAUCCUGGUGGCUCAGAUAUUUGGCCUGGAGGGAAUCAUGGGGACUGAAGCACUUUGGCCACUGCUUCUGGGGUUCACUGUCCUCCCAGCAAUCCUGCAGUGCGUGGGUCUUCUUUUCUGCCCUGAGAGCCCCCGUUUCCUAUUGAUCAACAAGAUGGAAGAAGAGAAAGCACAAGCAGUUCUCCAGAAGCUCCGUGGUACACAAGAUGUGUCUCAAGACAUCCAGGAGAUGAAAGAAGAAAGUGCUAAAAUGUCCCAAGAAAAAAAAGCCACUGUGCCAGAGCUCUUCCGUUCUCCAAACUAUCGUCAAGCCAUUAUCAUUGCCAUCAUGCUGCAGCUCUCCCAACAGCUCUCAGGCAUCAAUGCUGUAUUCUAUUAUUCAACUGGGAUUUUUGAAAGAGCUGGUAUCAAACAGCCUGUGUAUGCCACCAUUGGAGCUGGCGUGGUGAACACGGUCUUCACUGUUGUGUCGCUCUUCCUGGUGGAGCGUGCAGGGCGCAGGACCCUCCAUUUAGUUGGUUUGGCUGGCAUGGCUGUGUGUGCCGCUGUUAUGACUGUUGCUUUGGCUCUGAAGGACAUUUUGGAAUGGAUCAAAUAUAUCAGCAUUGUUGCCACUUUUGGCUUUGUGGCUCUUUUUGAGAUUGGCCCUGGCCCUAUCCCAUGGUUCAUUGUGGCAGAACUCUUCAGCCAGGGCCCACGGCCUGCAGCCAUGGCAGUGGCUGGGUGUUCCAAUUGGACCUCCAAUUUCUUGGUGGGAAUGCUCUUCCCUUAUGCAGAGAAACUGUGUGGCUCCUAUGUCUUCCUCAUCUUCCUCGUUUUCCUGGUCAUCUUCUUUGUCUUCACAUUCUUCAAAGUGCCGGAGACGAAGGGCAGGACUUUUGAAGACAUCUCCAGGGGCUUUGAAGGACGAGCAGCAUCCAACCCUACAUCCCCUUUAGAGAAGAACCCCAUGGUGGAGCUGAACAGCAUACAACCUAACAAACAAGUUGCCUAAGAUUCGUGAAACACCCAUUCUUCAACUCUCACAUGCCUAAAGAGUCAUUAAAGGAAUGAGCAAAGAAAACCA